AUGAUUAGCAACAGCGACGCCUUUGGCGAGGAACUUGCCUUCGCUCCCUCUGGUAGUGGUAGCGGUAGCGGCGACAGAGGUGGCGGCGGUGCCAGCGGAGGAAAAGACGAAGCUUUUGGCCACUGUUACAGAGUUGGUGACUUGGUGUGGGGCAAAGUUAAAUCGCACCCAUGGUGGCCUGGUCACGUAUACAACGAAGCCUUUGCUUCUCCUUCUGUUAGGAGAACGAAGCACGAGGGCCAUUUGUUGGUGGCUUUUUUUGGGGAUAGUAGUUAUGGGUGGUUCGACCCUGCUGAGCUAAUACCAUUUGAAGAGAACUUUGCGGGAAAAUCCAGUCAAAUUACUUCACGACCAUUUCUAAAGGCAGUGGAAGAAGCUGUGGGUGAGAUAUCUAGGAGACGCAGUUUGGGGUUGGCCUGUCGGUGUCGAAACAAGUACAAUUUCUGGCCCACAACUGCUGAGGGCUACUGUAAUGUGGACGUUGGAUGUUAUGAAUCUGGGGGGGUUUACUCCAGGAGACAGAUCCAAGAAGCACAAGAGAGUUUCCAGCCAAGAGAAAUGCUCAAUUUUGUGCAGCAGCUAGCCUUGAAGCCGUUGACUGAUGAUUAUUUGAUGCUCAAUUUCAUCAAGAACAAGGCCACAAUUUUGGCAUGCCGGAAGGCAUUUUUCGAGGCUUUUGACGAGACAUAUGCACAAGCCUUUGGUACUGAGCCUGUGCGCCCCACUCCUCCCUCACAGCCUCUAGUGGUGGAUCCAGCUAAAGCUGCUUUGAGUGGCCGACUAGUGAUUGCAGAAGCUCUUGGUAAAGGGAAAAGCUCAGUAAAAUCGACUAAAACGAAGGAGCAAGUUGAGAAGGAAAGAUACCUAUUAAAAACUAGAGAUGAAAGAACUGAGUUGAAGACCAGCGAAUCAAGCUCUGGGCAAGCAGAUUCCCCUAGUCAGCCUCUUAUGGUAGAUAGAUUGGGCAUUUCUGGUAAAGUUGUUUAUUCUGGCAAAUCAGAGCAUAGCAGUCAGACUCCAGGGCACAGUAUUUCUGAAGGCCGUGAGCUGCCUACUAGUCAUCAGGCUUCUGCUAAAGAUUUGGGCAAAGAGAAACUUAAGGAUGAUUGUAGCGGUUCCACGGAGUUUAUUCAUGGUGGCAAAAAGAAAGCUAAGGUACACAGGCGUCCUUCUGGAGAUUUGAACACUGAAAAUUCAGUCCCAGUGGAGAAGAAGAGGAAGAAGAAAAUAAAGCAUGAAAUAGGUACUGAAACAAGCACUGACCGUGUGCAGAUACCUGCAGCUGCCAGUUAUGGUGGCGUGGCAGUGAAUAACAGUUCAGGAACAUCAGUCCAAGUUCUGUUUGGUGAAGAUUAUCGACUCGAGAAUCAGAGCAGAAAUGUAGUUGGCUCUUCACAGUGUCCUACAAUGGAAACAAUGAAAGCAGUUGGGAUUGGGGAUGCUGUAGAGCUUGAACUUCCAAGAUUACUGAGAGAUUUGCAAGUUUCUGCUCUCAAUCCCUUCCAUGGGAGUGUUCCAGCUAUUGUCCAGAAAGUUUUAUUGAAAUUCCGGUCCCUUGUUUAUCAUAAGAGCUUGCCCUUGAUGGCGCCAGCUGAAAAUGAGUCCAAAGAAGCUCGUAUUGGUAAAUUAACUGCUGUGAGAGCUUCAGCUAGUCCUGAUGAGACUAUCAAAAGAAUGCCAAUUGGGAAGCCUACGAAUCCUCCGAUCAGGCCUGAAGAUCAAGAAGAAGGUGGGCAGAAACGUGGCGCAUCUGAUCGAUUGAAGGAAAUUGCUGCAAAUAAGAGGAAGAAGAUCAUUGACUUGAAAUCAAUGGCUAUGGAAAAGAAGGCUGUUCGUAAGGUUACUGAGAUCCCACGGGAUGGAAAAGAAUCUGUUGUAAAAAGCGUGCCUCUAGUGCCAUCAAAAGCAAAUAAAUUGGAAUCGAAAAAGAGGACAGAGAAGCGAAUCACAGCACGUGAACCGACCAUGCUCGUUAUGAAAUUUCCACCAGGUGGAGCACUUCCUUCUAUUUCGGAGCUGAAAGCGAAGUUUGCCCGUUUUGGGCCUUUGGAACAUUCAGCCACUCGAGUUUUUUGGACAACAUUGACAUGUCGUCUUGUUUACCAUUACAAAUUUCAUGCUGAAGCUGCUUACAAGUUUGCGGUUGGUAGUAACAAUCUUUUUGGGAACCCCAAUGUGAGAUGUCACCUCCGUGAACUGGGAGUCGAGGCACCACAAGCUGAAUCAGUUAAGGUUCAGAGGGCCGAAGAAUCUGUUGGGGCCUUGCAACUGAAAGAUAAUGCUGUAGUAGAACUUUCUUCGCAGCCACCUCAACAUCAAGUCCAGUUAAAAUCUUGCCUCAAAAAGCCUUCUGGUGAUGAAGGUGGGAAUAGUGCUAAUAGGAGUACUGCGUCUGUCAAAUCUGUGUUGGGCGGUGAAGAAAGUAGUCGGGUUGAGCAAUUGUCGAGUAACAACAUUCCUACACAUUCUCUCGAUCUUAAUAGCAAGAAUUUACCAGAGGCUUUGCCUCAUUCCAGCGUUCCUUUGCGUUCUAACGAGUUUCAAAAUUUGCCGUUACCUGAUCAAAUGCAUAGAACAACUAACAAAGACAUCGCUCAACCAAUGCUGAAUCUAUUAACGAGGUGCAAUGAUGUGGUUAACAAUUUGACUGGCGCAUUAGGCUACGUGCCUUACCAUUCUCUAUAA